AUGAUACUGUCAAGAUUUGUAAAGCCGCCGAACAGGUUGAGGAAGCUGCUAAAAAGGAAAAGGAAAGAAAAUAGACAGCGCUCUCGUGAUGCUGCUCAUAUUUGUGGAAUAAAUACAAGGAAACUAUCACUGCUGCUGAUCUCUGGACUGGGCACUGUUGACUGGACCUAUUCAGAGAGUGUUGGUAAUCACUUGUUUACUGCUUAUAAUAAUAAUAAUAUAAUUGCUACUGUGUUUUGUACACUGAGCACUGAGAAAAUGAAUCCCGAUGACACCCACUGGAAUGGGGUGCAUCACUUUUUUGUGUGGGAAUACCUAAUCUCUUUUCAUUUUUAUACUUGUAAGCAGAUUAUUGCUGUGCACCUUGUGCUGUGUCUCACUCUGCAAUUGUGUGGUUCUGGUAAAUGA